UCAGCCUGGUAGCUGUUUGUGGUGCUGAAACAACGCCUGAAUUGUCUUACCAUUAAGCGGAAAAAAAGCCACUCUUGCGCCUUUUUUCCCCUCCAAACAUGCAAGUUUAAUCCCGCAGUCUUCACCGAGCAGCUCCCACCUGGGUCGGCGGUAAAACAUGCUGUUUUAGCGGGGCUGUAGACAUGGAUUAGCACCGUACUGAACACAGGCAGGAGCGGUAUGGAUUCACGGUGGUGUCCCAUCCUCGUCGCUACAUUGGCGGUCAGCCUCUGCUCCUCACCUGCCCUGGCUGACAGAAAAUUUGGCUGCCUGUUUGAAGACGAGCUCUGUACACCCUAUGAGUUCUGCGUCAACGACGGAGUGUUUGGAAGAUGCCAGCAGCUGGCCCAUGCAGACCUGAACACGUACGAUAUUUCUUCCUCCGCUCUUCAGCGCCUCAGGAUCCUCCUACAGAAACUGGCUCACAGAGGUUUGACCUGGCAGGAUGACACCACACAGCAGGUUAUUUCUAAAGAGCUCUCCAAACUGAGGAAUGUCGCUCCUCACCAUCAGGCAGCUCUUUCAAGCCCUCUGACCGCCUACAGCAGCUCCAGAGAUCGCAAACUGAGACCUGCGCAGGCUGAGCUCAACAGAAAUCUGCAGCAGUACCUGACAGGCCUCAGCUUCCUGCCACAGUCUGAGGAUGAUGGCGAACCAAGGGUUCAACAAGAGGAGGGCAACAUUCAGACUGAAGACAUCAAGCCAGAUGAUCAUUUGGAGCCCAGCCGGUCCAAACCCCAGCAGGCCUGGAAGGAGACCACUCUCUACAGCGUCCAUAAAGGAGACGGCAAACCUCCUGUCACCAAAGUUUUCACCAAGAGCGGCGAGGGCAAACACCCAGGGUUCAGUUCAACCUUCUCCAAACACGACCCAGAGAGUGGCAAGCUGCUGUCCAGUCACCUAGAACGUCUACUUUCUGAGAUGCCAAGUACCCAGCAGGGUGGCCAGGGUGAGACAGCAAAGUGGCCCGAAGCAAAGCUCCACUACCUGGGCUAUGUCCGGCCUUCUUCAAGUGACAACAUGGAGCCGCAGUCCAAGGUGGCUUUUACCUCCAAAACCCAGAGGCCCAACUUGGACCGACUUCUGCAGAAGGCUGGAUCAAACCGACUGGAUGCCAAAGACCCUCUCAGGGUUAUGAAUGAUCAUCUCCUCCAGAAUAUGAUGAACCAGCUGGGCAGACACAGCACCAACAUGGAGGCCUUCAUGGGUGACGAUCUGGACCAGCUGGCUGAGGUCAUCACAGGAGCGCUGCAGGAGGUGCAUGAAGAGCAGCCCAUGGUUGGGGCCCCGCCAAGACCGGGAGUGGCUGACUCUAGGGGGGACAGGGAGGGAAACAGGGAACCCAUAGCAGCCAUAAAUCAAGACCAGAAACUUAAAUUAGAUGAUGGGAUUGAUCCAAACCAGGAAGACACUGUGAGAACGAAACAGCAAGGCCAACGAAUAGAGGCUGCAGACAAAGAGCCUGUUGACAAGCACGAAGCCUUCUUCUCCAAGCUGCUAGACUACCUCAACCUCGAUCCCUUCGGCGAUGCUCCACAUGUCAGCAUGCAUCCAGCAGGCUUACAGAAAAUGGUCGGACUAGAGAACGUCCACAGCCGGACGAUGCAGGGCAAAGUUCCCACUCCCAUACACUGGGAAGAAAAGACCAUUGAGGUGCCUGCCAAAGACGGCUCCACCCUGAGAUUAACCGGUGGGGCAGAGGGGCCUGACUCUCAGGUGGACUCUGAAAUCCAGAGCUGGAUGCAGGGGCAUCAGGGCCCAGCUGGGAUAAAGCAGCCGGAGGAGACGCAGAAGAAGGACAUGAAAGUCAAGACUCAGCUGGUCCAUGUGGGGGUUAAGGAGUUUGCCAGCAGAGGGAAGGACAGACACUUUGGCUACAUUAUCACUGGAACAGAUUCCCUCACCAAUGACCAGGCCUCAGACCUGAUGGAGCGCCUGACGCAGAGGCUGAACCUCCACGCUGCAGACCUCACCCAGCUCUCCGUCCUGGGCCCGGCGUUGACUUUCAGGAUCGGCCACAAUCCUAAGAACAUAUCCACAGCAGAUUUGGUUCAAGUUGCGGUCCAACAGAAGCAGCAGCUGGAGAAGGAGACGGGCCUGAAGAUAGUGGAGGCCGGAGUCAGUGAUAGGGGCAGCCUGACCCAGAUCCCCGUUGUGAAGGAGACCCGGGUGGAGUCAGGCCAGUUCCUGCUGCUCUCUGUCCUCUGCAUGCUCUUCAUCCUGGUGGCUCUGGCCGUGUCUGCCACUUUCUUCUGCGUACGCCAGCGCUCACACCUCCGCAUGAAGGAGAAGCUGGCCAGCCUCGGGACUGACACCAGCACUGAUGCCACAGCAACCUAUCAGGAGCUCUGCCGCCAGCGUAUGGCUAUCAGGACGUCAGAGCGUGUGGAGAGACCAGAGACCCUGCGUCACUCCCGGCUCAACAGCGUCUCGUCCCAAUUCAGCGAUGGACCUGCAGCCAGCCCGUCCACCCGCAGCAGCACCUCCUCCUGGUGUGAAGAACCAGUGCCAUCUAACAUGGACAUCUCCACAGGACACAUGAUACUGUCAUACAUGGAGGACCACUUGAAGAACAAAAACCGUCUAGAACGUGAGUGGGAGGCCCUGUGCUCCUACCAGGCAGAGCCUAGCACCUGCAGCAUAGGGCAGGGAGAGCAGAACUCCAAGAGGAACCGCUCAGACACCGUGGUUGUAUACGAUCACUCCAGGAUCACCUUGAAAGCGGAGAAUAACCAUGGCAACUCAGAUUACAUCAAUGCAAGCCCAAUAAUGGACCAUGACCCUCGCAACCCUACUUACAUCGCCUCGCAGGGCCCGCUUCCCUCCACUGUGGCGGACUUCUGGCAGAUGGUGUGGGAGAGCGGCUGUGUCGUCAUCGUCAUGUUGACCCCGCUGUCUGAAAACGGAGUCAAGCAGUGCCAUCACUACUGGCCUGAUGAGGGGUCUGAUGUCUACCACGUCUAUGAGGUCAACUUGGUGUCAGAGCACAUCUGGUGUGAGGACUUCCUGGUGCGCAGCUUCUACCUGAAGAACCUGCAGACCAACGAGACACGCACUGUUACCCAGUUCCACUUCCUGUCCUGGAUGGACCGCGGGAUCCCCACCUCUGCCAGGACCCUGUUAGACUUCCGCAGAAAGGUUAACAAGUGCUACAGGGGUCGAUCUUGCCCGAUAAUUGUCCACUGCAGCGAUGGAGCCGGCAGGAGUGGGACUUACAUUCUGAUUGACAUGGUCCUCAAUAGGAUGGCUAAAGGUGCUAAAGAGAUUGAUAUUGCCGCUACCCUGGAGCACUUGAGAGACCAGAGAGCUGGCAUGGUCCAGACAAAGGAGCAGUUUGAGUUUGCGCUGACAGCCGUGGCAGAGGAGGUGAACGCCAUCCUGAAAGCACUCCCCCAGUGAAAGACACCAAACCCCCCCCCCCUUCCCUCCAAAAAACACCUUCUCCUGGCUCGCUGAGCACCCGUUUCCUCUGCCCACUCAAGACCGACAUCUCUUCCUCCGCCCUCCCUUCUCCUCGCUCCGUUUCUCUCCUCUGUCUGCCUCCUCUUCACCUCUAUAUAUACUCUAUACUUAUGAAUGUCGUGCCAGAUAUCUCACCUGGGUCCAUGUUCGCAAAACGGCGCAUCACAGUGCGACCGCUGAUCUGGGAUCGGCCCACCUGCUGUGAGACUUUUUGUGAAUAUGAACCCAGAUCUUCUUUCUGUAAUGUUGUUUCUGAAACAUGCCGUUCUAGUGCCACAGACUGAGCUGUUUACGUGAUGUCAAGUGAAGAUUUUUGUUCCAAAAUCAGCUGUAGAAUUAUGACAGGCGCUCAUAAUAUGGCUCACUAUAGUAGAGCUGCAAUUGAAGAUUGUAAAAUGAAUGAAAAACAUGUUGAUUAUUCAUCUUCUGUCAAUGAAAGUCGAAAAUAUAUCUCUUUAGAGGCCACAUUUAUGCUCAUUUAGCUCAUUUAUAGCCUUAAAAUCGUACUAUAUUCCAAUUUCAGGCCUAUUAGACAAAAACAAACAGCAAAAUGUCACAUUUAAGAUGGAAAAAGCCUAAACCUAAAUACUUAAAUAAGGUAAAUGCAUAAAGUAAGUGACUUUACUGCCUGUAAAAAUGAUAAUAUUGUACAGAUUAUAUCCCCUACAUGAAUCAAUGUAUUGGGUAGCAUUUUGGACAUAAACUCCUCACAUGUUCCUCUUCUGUGAUCUGAAUCAAGCACUAUAUAUACAGUAUACUCAGCAUCACAUGUUGAAUUGUGUAGUGUGUGUAUUGUAUUAUGGGUCCAGACGUCUCACUCUUGCAUUCAGACGCUCUGAUUCCUAAAAAAACGCCUCACAGCUCAUGAUUCUUGCUACAUAUCAACAUUUUUUAUCCUCAUUUCACAACAUGAACUGUUUGUUAUAUUAACAUCUGUUAAUAUUAAAUGUUAUAGAAAUCUAUCAUCUGAUGUAGUUCUUAUAUAGAUAGUCAAAUGAUAUAUUUAAGCAGAUUAUAUUGGGAUAUAUUGUUGCUGAAUUUGUUUGUCAUCCAUCACUGGUAUCUUGUGAUAUUUCGUGCAACAUGACAGAUUAUUCCCUCUAUGAAUGAUCCCUCUAUAGUGCUACAUGAAAUGUAUACUGAGAGCCUCAAUGAGAAUUAUAUAUUUUGUGUGAAA